AGGAAGAAGAAAAAGAAUAACAUUAACUUUUGUCUAUUCAAUCGGAAGCCUAGGCGAAGGAACGUGUUUUCUAAAAUCUUACUUCAACAAGUGGAAUCGAUUUUUUGAUUUUUUUUCUAGUAUAUUGCCCUUGAGUCGGUUAGCGUCUGGCGUAUCAAGAACACUAGCGAUUUUACCGAUAAUCGAUUGAAUUAAAAUAGCACCGAAAACUUUUAAGUUGACGAUGGCGAACUCUGCUGCGUAUAAUCAACCGGAAACGUCGGGCAUGGAAGACCAUGAAUCUCAGUACAGUGCUUCAGCUCUGAGUCGACCAUUGGAGCAAUUCAGAAUCGAGGAACUUUGGGAUUAUGACCUGUCUCAGUCAGGACCCUCUAGCAGGGCUGCACUAGUAUGCGAGUUUCCGCACGGUUCUACUCUGAGUCAACCAAGGUUUGAAGAAAUUUGUGAUUCAAAUUUCCCCCAGCCAGGAACUUCGAGCAUGGCUGCACCAGCACGCGAUAUUGCAUUGAUAUCAAAAUCUUCGUUUGGGUCGUUUAAAAGAAAUAUGUACCGUUUACUAUAGACCGGUAUCGGAAUGUACCAUGAAAAUUGCUCGAGAAUUGAAACUGAAAGGAAAACUUUGCCCAUGGAUGUCUUUUGAUCUAUGUACUUUAAUCAAAAUAAAAAAUAAUUAUUCAAAACGUUUAAAACGGAAUCCCCAAGAUUUACACUUACAAGAAAUGUUAAAACAUAUCUCUAUGAAGGUAGACCAACGUAAGAAGAAAUGUAAAGCUUCUUACUAUGAAAAUUUGCUCAGCAACACAACAAGCUCCAAAGUCUGGAAAGGCAUAAAAUCAAUCUUAGGAAAAAGUAAUCCUAAUAAUACACAGAAAAAAAUUUGACUAUUACGUGUCACUGAAAACUGCAACCUUUAAAAUAAAUCACCUGCUAUUUCAAAAAAACCUGUAAUUUUAAAUUGUUUUCCUUGAAAGUUAACGAAGGUUCAUUUAUUAUUACAGCAAAUGCCCUGUAAAAAAUAAAAAGAAAAUUGCCAUCAAGUAAUCUUAACAUAAAUGAGCAAGAGAUAUCUUCGAAAGAUGACGUUAAAUAUUUAGGAUUAGUCCUUGAUAAAAAGCUGACGUUUCAAAAACACGUACAGUACACCUUAGAAAAGUCUGAAAAACUUUUCAAAAUGCUCUAUUGCUUCAUAAAUCGGAAAUCUAAACUAGAUUUUAGUAAUAAAAAACUAUUAUACAAAGCUACAUUCCGAUCAACUUUGACAUAUGCUUCACCAGUAUGGUAAAAUUGCGCCAUGUAUCAUCGAGAAAAGCUACAAGUUUUUCAAAACAAAUGCCUCAAAAUUAUACAUAAUCUUCCUCGAUGGUACGGAACCGACGAUCUUCAUGUACUUAACAAUGUCGAAA